AUGGCAGUGCCUCCUACUUAUCGAUGUCUAAAUUAUAUCAUUUUAUUGUCUUUGGGGAUUGAGCUGAUUUUUUUUCCUUUAGCCUCUGUUAAAGCCUUACCCAGGCUUUCUUCAGAUCAUACUCCCAUCCUCUUGUGUACCAAAGUACGCUCAAUUGGUCCCGAGCCUUUGAAGCUUGAAACCAGUUGGCUGGUAGACAAGGAAGUGCUUGACCUUGUCAAGAGUGGAUGGGAAAAUUAUAUUUCCUUUGGUUCUGUGGAUUUUCAACUCUAUAAAAAGCUUUUAUGCGUGAAACAUAAAUUGAUCUCUUGGAGGAAUGAUAAAGGACCGAAUGUAAAGGCAAAAAUUGAGGAGGUGCUUAAUUAUUUAACUGAUGUGGAUGCUAGAAUCCAAAACUCUCGCGUUUUCUUGGAAGAGUUAGCUGUAGCUAGGAGUUCCAAAAUUAAUGAGCUUCAUGAACUUCGAAGGGUAGAAGAGGUGAGACGUCAGAAUGAUGUUUCUAGGCUUUUUAUUGAAGGUGUUGACCCUGAAAAUUUGGAGGGGUUGUCUAAUGCAGUGGUAGGUCAUUUUAAAAAAGCUUUCACAAACGAGGUUAGGGUCACACCUCGCCUUUCCAGGGUGGGUUUUAGCCAUCUUGCUGCUGAUUCGGUGGCAUUGCUUGAGAGGGAGAACUGUUGGAUAUGGGUUGUGAUCAAACUGGAUAUGGAAAAAGCAUAUGAUAUGGUGAAAUUGAAUAUUCUUCUUGAAAUCAUGAAGAAUAUGGGGUUUGGUGAGAAAUGGAGAAGCUGGAUGUUUGGAUGCUUAUCCUCUACAUACUUUUCAAUACUUUUCAAAGGCAGCCCUACUGGCUUUUUUGGUGCUUCGCAUGGGCUUCGUCAAGGGGACUCAUUAUCUCCUUUUCUGUACACCAUCUAUGUUGAAUGCUUUAGUCGCCUUCUUUACAAUGUCCAAGCAAAAGGGCAUGUUAAAGGUUUUCAAAUGCCAAACAAUGGUCCUUGUAUUUCACAUUUGCAGUAUGCAGAUGAUACGUUGUUAUUUUGUGAGGCCAAUUGUGACCAAGUGGAAAAUAUUGUGAGUUUCUUACAAUGUUGGGAAGUGGCUUUAAGGAUAAAGAUGAAUUUUGAAAAAUCAACAGCAGUUGGUAUUAAUUGUGUUGAUUCUUUAAUCUAUGAUAUUGCAAGGGUUUUGGGGUGUAAGAUGGAUGUUUUUCCUAUUUGGUAG